UGCAGAUAUUAAGACAAGAACCUCUCCUGGUCUAUCACGGUGCCGAGCAAAGUUCAAACCUUGCCUUACUCAAGCACCUGAUGCCGCUAACAUUCUGCAAGCCUCUCGAAGCUGGCGAUCGCAGCUCCAAUGAACGGAGACUCAAAAUAAUGAAGGUCUCGUGAGCCUCAACUCUGUGAAAAGUACCCAUAAUAGCGCGCCCCUUUCCAUCCGGCUUCACUAUGGAGAAGCAAAUACCUUCUGCUGGAUCACAUAUCUCGUACCAAGCGAAUGUCAACCGACAGAAAACCAAGAAGUGGGCAGAGGCGAAGCCUGCGAAUUAUGGUGGUGAUGACUGGGGAGACGACGACUAUGAUUACGAGCCUCCCCCACCACUGGCAAAGCCAGCAGGACUGCGACAGCAAGGCCAGGCAAUGCAUAGCCUUGCGAGAGCUGAUUUUCCGAGUUUGAACGAUGGCAGGCCAUAUGGUGAUUUAUUGCCGCUUCCAGAACCAGCCGAAGUGGACAGUCAUCGGCGAAAGUUUUCCUCCGAUACAGAGGACGAAAAGCGCCGGUACCCACAUCCAACGGAUGAACCAUUUUCAGCUGGCAAAGCUCUCCCAUCUAUUCGCCCAAGCGAUAUCUAUCGCCGAAUGGAAGAAGAACGUGAAAGAGAACGCCGGUAUCUCUCUAGGAGUAGUUCGCCCGACCCUCAGGAUCCGCGCCCAAGACCACAAAAACUCCAAGUGCUGCCGCCCGGAGCGGAUAAAAUCGAGCCCGUCAAUGCCGCUGUUAAAGGGAAGGAAAUUGACAUAACAAACCGCUCGUUAGCUCUUCUCCAGGACUUCAAGGAGCCCAGCACUGGACUUCCGUCUUCAACUAUAAAAAUAUCUCCAGCACUACCUCCAAGAGCCCAGAAAAUCAAGCCCGGCAACAAGGAAAUUAUGGGCAUCGAGUUUAGCCAUACUAAGUACGCCAGCCAGAAAGUCGUUCCCUUUAUUAGUAUCAGGCAGCUGGGUUACGGUUCGCUCGGGGUCGUCGAUGCGGUCCGCCCUAUCGCCGGCGAGGAAGGUGCUCUCUUGGCCCGAAAGGUAAUUCGAGUUCAAGGUGUGGCACGAAAAAUAGUGUUGCCGCUCAUUCAAAGUGAAGUGGCAAUUCUAAGAGAACUCAACCACCAGCAUAUCAUCCAAGUCGUGUGCACUUAUGAAACAAUAUCUGUUCCGCGACAAUUCGGUAUUCUGUUAUCCCCAGUUGGCGAGGAAGAUCUUUUGCAUUAUAUGGAGCGAGUCAGCGAGGAUGAUUUUCCUGAGAAAGAUAUCGCAAAUUUGGAGAAGUGGCGUUAUUGUCUCGCGAAUGCCGUAGCGUACAUUCAUUCUCAAAACAUUCGACACAAGGAUAUCAAGCCCAGCAACGUCAUAUGCAAAGGGGCUGCAAUUUACUUGACGGACUUCGGAUCAGCACAUCAAUUCAGUAUAGGUCUAACCAGCUCAACUGACGGGGGCCUCCUCGGCGUCACCAAAAUGUAUAGCGCACCUGAGGUCAUUGACGAAGACAGAAGAGGACGAUCAGCGGACAUCUUCUCUCUAGGAUGUGUGUUUGCCGAGAUGGCUACUGUGAUUCAUGGCCGAAGAGUCGAGGACUUUCACGAUUUUCGAAGCGAGCCGGAUCCUGACGAGCCGCAACAGAUGACCAUAUGUUACUAUGCCACAGCUUACAAGCUAAGAGAUUGGUUUGCCACAGGCAAAGAAAAGGAGGUUGCAUCAUAUGCUCUGAUAUCUGCGAUGAUGAGUAGUGAUCGGAAACGACGACCCACCGCGGAAGAACUCAAGGGAGGCCUCCUACAAGAUAUAGAGUUGUCCUCGCCUUGCCAAUGUUUUCAGACCGCACAGUUCUCGGGACUUCCGGCCUUGCCUACACAUGAUCCGCUUGAUAUCAAUUACUUCCCUGACGAUAAAAUUGCAAUCAUUUUGCCGUCCGAAAGCGAGACGUCAGGAACGGUUCAAAAAGUAGUGGACAGAUAUUAGGAGGUUACGUAAAAUAAAAAGGCUGUCUCGACGCCGAUACCAGAUAGCUUCCCAGCCUACGAUUAAUAGAGAAGAAAUGGCAAGCCAUCAGAACAACCCGGACUUUUCGUUGUGAUUUAGCGGAUGUCAGGACUUGUGCUGCUCGCCUAGCCAAACGAGUGGGUGACGGGAUGCUGGAUUUCGUGGGUCUCACCCUCCUCCUGUUUGGCUUUGAACUUGGCGCAGCUGAUUCUUCACCAUUAUGUUCUCCGUUGUAGCCGUAGCGAAUGCACAUCCAUAUAAAGACAUAGAAAAAAGACUCAAGAUCGUGCCGAUAAGUGUGGCCCUUGCCUUGAAGU